AUGCUCUACAGAUCUGCUGUUACCAACUGGGUCGUGCAUACUUUAAGUUAUCACGGGCCCUCUGUAUCAAUAUACCACCGACAGUUGCAGUUUGAGGAUAAACAGCACGAGGUCAGCAUGACAGCGUUGCGGCUAGUGCAGCGUAUGAAGAGGGACUCCAUACACUCCGGUCGCAGGCCAUCCGGCAUCUGCGGCGCUGCUUUACUCAUAGCGGCUCGCUUGCACAAUUUCUCACGAACUCCUGGUGACGUGGUGCGCAUAGUGAAAGUACACGAGUCCACCAUCCGCAAACGUUUACUGGAGUUUGGCGAGACACCAUCUAGCGCGCUCACACUUGACGAGUUUAUGACUGUGGACUUGGAGGAGGAACAAGAUCCACCCGCCUUCAGGGCCGCCAGGAAGAGAGACAAGGAGAGGCUACAGAAGUUAAUGGAAGAAGAAGACGGCGAGAAGGAACUGACGGACCUCCAGAAAGAGAUAGACGCUCAGUUAGAGAAGGAUAAUUCAAGACGCAAGAAGGUGGGGACAGCAGCUAGCACUGUUAUCGCCAAAAUUUGCACUUCUGAAAAGUCUACAGAUGAAUUGGAGGGUCAGAGUGAAGAGAUGGAAGCGUCACGGUUCGCUGCAGAGGACACGCUCGCGUUACUGGGGGAGAUCGCGAGUGAGACUCAUGAGCAACCUCAACACGUACACAAACAGAACAUAGAGAAGGGAUUGGGUCCAGAGUUGGCCGUGCUAGGUCUAGGAGUGGGUACCAGUAGUAGUGCAGGCGGUGGUGGUAGUGGCACCGGGAAAUGGUGUAAAGACCUAGGCAGCGAGGAACUGUGGCUGACACCGCCCGAGGAGGAAUACAUAUCCACACUUAUCAUGAGCGAGGAGGAGGCUAAACACAAGACGAUUCUGUGGAACAAGAUCAACGCGAGGUUCCUCCACGAACAGACAAGAGGAGUUGCGUGCUAA